AUGGAGAUGAUGGAUAUUAAGUGGGCCUUUGCCAGUGCUGUCAGACGAGCAAAGGAUUUCAUGGAGAGAACAGGCCGAACCAGCUUGGAGAGCAAGAAAGACACCAAGUAUGGGUUCGAUAAACAGGCUGUGAAGUGCUUUAACUGCGGUGAACGUGGCCAUUUCAAACGAGAAUACACCGGCGACGAUGAAUAUAAUGUGGAUGAAGACGCCGACAACGAAGAAGAUGACGCUCGGGAUAAAAAGGGAAAAAUGGAGAGCCAAAAAUGGACAAAGGUCCAAGAAGAGGCGUUGGCGAAGGCGUGGGUACAUUGCUCUACCAACAAAAAGAAGGGCAAUCAACAAAACCGCGAUAGUUUUUGGCGUAAGAUUUUAGAUCAUUAUAACGCCACCGUUGGUGGAAGUAAGCGGACCGUGCAUCAAGUACGGUCUAAAUGGACCCCGAUGAUGACGAAAAUAAACUUUUUCAACGGCCUAUACCAACAAGCGGAUCGCACACGAGGAAGCGGGUGUAACGAUCUCAAUGUGAUGAAAGUCGCUUUAAAGGGAUUUAAAGAUAGAUAUCCAAACGGUUUUCAACAUGUCGAGGCAUGGGAGACCCCGCUUUUGGCAGGGAUACAGUCCUAA